CCCAGUCGCUCCACAAGCGACUGCUAGCUUAGGUAGACGCAAUUUCCGGUCGUUUGUCAUCCGGCUCCUCAAGCCCAAGCUCGUUGGACUUCGCCUCUAAGUUUCCCCUUUUCACUCGGCGUCGUCACCUCCCUCGUGUUUUGCUUGUAGUUUUUUGUCCCUUUCGAACAUUUUUGCGUGGAACAAUGUCGGCCCAAAGUCCCGAAUACUCCUCGUUCUUCGCGGUGAUGGGUGCCUCUGCGGCGAUGGUGUUUAGCGCCUUGGGAGCGGCCUACGGCACGGCCAAGAGCGGCACGGGCAUCGCCGCCAUGUCGGUGAUGAGGCCGGAGCUCAUCAUGAAGUCCAUCAUCCCCGUGGUCAUGGCGGGCAUCAUCGCCAUCUACGGCCUGGUGGUGGCCGUGCUGAUCGCCAACAGCAUCACGGAAAACGUCAGCCUUUACAAGAGCUUCCUCCACCUGGGGGCCGGCCUAAGCGUGGGCCUGAGCGGGCUGGCGGCCGGCUUCGCCAUCGGGAUAGUGGGCGACGCCGGCGUGAGGGGCACGGCUCAGCAGCCGCGACUUUUCGUGGGCAUGAUUCUCAUCUUGAUUUUCGCCGAGGUCUUGGGGCUCUACGGGCUCAUCGUCGCCCUCAUUCUCUCCACCAAAUAAACGCCGCACUUCUCCACUACAGAUUCCGGUCUACGUGUCGCUCCUGGAGAAGGAGUGUCAACUUGUGUUUUGCGCGCCUGAGUGUGUUUGGGGGGGGGGGGGGCGUUAUACCGCCCUGCCCCCCGCCAAAAAAAUUGAAAUGGCUCCAUGAUAUGGGCUCAUCUCAACCAUGUGUACAAAAUUGAUAGGCAACUUGUGAAUGUGCAAUGUAGUCAUUUGUCGUGUGUGUGUGUGUCAAAACAAUUGUCUGAUGAUUUCCCCAUACGCCUCCAUCCCCACACUCCCUCUUCUUAAUUGGGCCCUCCCGCAGGAUUGCAUUCAUCUUGAUCUAUUUGUAAAAGUCACCCCCAAUCUCCUCCAGUGAUGUUAUUUAUAAAAAAUGUCCAUUAAAGCAUUGGAAUGCCUAAAGUCUUAACUUCCUGGGGUAUCGCUCUCACUGUUGUUGGGUGUCCAAAACGUUCCCCAUCCACUCUUCGUCGCCCCGACUCAUCUGUAGCUUGACCCCAUCGUUUCCACACAUUCCAGCUCUUUGAAUCCUGCAUGUUUUUAUUUUUACGUGAAGCCUUGUGUCACUGUUGGAUUACGAAAACCGAGUGUUUCAGGAGACGUAUUCCAGCCUCAACAUCCACUGACCUGUUGAUCACGAUUGAGCCGAUGAGAACUAGAGUGGGGAACCGGCAUUUUGCAGGCAAGUGCUCUUUAAGUUGAGUGGCUCGUGAAUAUAUGGCUGCGCUGCCUUCUGGAUACUUGCUGGGAGAAGAAAGUUUUAAAAAAAAGGUAGCACAUUCAAUUGACUUUGUCUCCUAUCCAAUUUUGAAUCUUGCCUUCAGGGGUGUUUUGCAAAGCUGUAGCGACUUUGUGCAUCUCCUCUGCAAGUCAAGCGCAGCUGAAGUCUUCCAUGGGGUGUCGUUAGCUUCGAAACGCUGGCCCACUUUUGCAAUGACGAAUGGGAAAUAGUGCGUACAAAGGGACUGCCGCCUCAAUGUCAAAAUUGGCCGUCAACCUUGAUUUCAGAUGCCGUUUCUUUUGAUUCUCACUUUUCAAACCUUUGGCCUGGACUAUGUUUCCUGAAUCUACUUCUGACGCCUCGAUGUCAACUUGACCAUCCUGUAAUAUCCUGAUGUGUUGACAUGAAUGUUCCCACAAGCAAAUUAAAACCAUUUCAAAAUAGA